CCAAAAUUAAACCAACAACCAUAUGUUCUUUCCUUUUGUGGGCUCUGUUCUGCUCUCCUCUUUCUAUUUCUAUUUUUCUUUUUUUGGAACUUCUUCCAAUUUCUCUCUCUCUUCUCUCUCUUUCGAUCAAAAUCACAUUUCUUUCUCCCCCGAGAUCUCGCGCGACCUGUUUUCACUUAGAUUUUUUGUUUUGUUUGUUGGAUAAGGCUGCAGAAAAUGGGAAGGGGAAAGAUCGCGAUCAAGAGGAUCGAUAACUCCACGAGCCGUCAGGUCACUUUCUCGAAGCGAAGGAACGGAUUGCUGAAGAAAGCAAAGGAGCUUGCGAUUCUGUGCGAUGCAGAGGUCGGUGUCAUCAUCUUCUCCAGCACCGGCAGGCUCUACGAUUUCUCCAGCUCCAGCAUGAAAUCGGUGAUAGAGAGAUACAGGGAUGCCAAAGGGGAUUCCAAUUUGGAAAGUAGUCCAGCUUCAGAAAUCAAGUUUUGGCAAAAGGAGUCCGCUAUUCUAAAGCGACAGCUACAUAACUUGCAAGAAAACCACCGGCAAAUGAUGGGGGAAGAGCUCUCUGGACUAAGUGUAGAAGAUUUACAGAAAUUGGAGAAUCAGCUUGAAUUGAGCCUUCGUGGCGUACGAAUGAAAAAGGAUCAAAUGUUAGUCGAAGAAAUCCAAGAACUGUACCGUGAGGGGAAUCUCGUGCACCAAGAGAAUUUAGACCUCCACAAGAAAGUAAACUUAAUGCACCAAAAAAAUAUAGAAUUACAGAAAAAGGUUUCAGAGGUUGAGGGUGUGAAAAGCGCAGACAAAAGUUCUCUUCUCACAAAUGGUCUAGACAUGAUCAGAGAUAACUCGAGCGAACAUGUCCAUCUUCAGCUCAGCCAACCGCAGCAUGAUGAGACACAGGCUAAAGCUAUCCAACAAAGCUAUUUUUCCUUCAUUGCAUAAUAUAGUUCAAUCAAUUAACUGUAUGUAGCAGCUUGCCACUGCAUAAGCAAAGAAACAGGAACAUGUCUGAUAAUUUCCAUUUCGAUCAAACACCAGCUUUGUUUCUUUUCUUAACUCUUCUUUCUCUUUGCAUAGAACAUUGGUUUGGCGUUUAACUAUGUACUGUGAUGGUCAAAGAAUGUAGUGUUGUUAGACAUAUAUUAUAUUACUAAAUAAUA